GAUGUGCCCAAGGAGACCCCGCAGCCCGAGACCCAGCCCGAGGCCAAGCCCGAGGUCGCGGCUCAGGCGACGGCGGCCUCGACGGACGCGGAAGCAGCGAAGGAUGUCGACACAGCGUCAAGUCCCAAAGCGGAGCCCGAGAAGGCUGAGCCGCUGACUGCUUCGGAAACGGGCAAAGCGGAGAAGGAGAUAGAGACGUGCCGGGAGGAAACGGAAGCCGAGAGUUUCGACGACAGCUCUGAUCUAAAGAAGACUACCCAGACCAUCGAAUCCUUUCUCGCUGGCACGGAAGGCGUGAAAGCCUCAGGGAACCUUAAAGUCCUGGCCAGCUGCAUCCCUGUGGACGAGGGUGGCUACCUCUACAAGAAGAGCCCGGCCACUCUGCGGAUGAAGGCCUGGGACUGGAGGUUUUUCGUGAUCCAUGGCCGUCGGCUGCUGUGGUGGAGGAGGCAGGGGGCCUUGCGGGCAUCCUACGGCACCUUAAAGGGUGACACCGGCCGGCGAGGCUUCAUCGACUUUGCUCUGAGUCGUGCCCGAGUUGUACCAGAUGAAAAGAACCCCACGCUGUCCACAUUGGAGGCGGUCGAUGGUGCUUGGAAGGACGGCUCCCUCAAGGACAUGAGCGAUGCACAGCGGACGAUUGAGUUUGAUUGUACUGAUUCAGUGCACACCCGCGGGCAGUGGAUCGCAGCCUUGUGCAAACUGCAAGCGUGA